CUUACUCUCAUUAAAUGUAUUUUUUUCCCCCGUAGGACGAUCUGGAUUUUGUCAAAAUGCUGACAGUGGUCUUGUGAAUGUGAUUUAUUCAUCUGUGAAAUACUCUAAAAUGCAAAGAAUAACGAGCAUGCUGUAACCUGGUCUUAAGAGGGUAAGAGUUUAGAAUCACUCAUUGGGUAAAAGUCAUUCUGUUCAGUGAUACAGAACCUUUGACUUUGUGUGUCUGUCUAGGUUUGUGGUGCUGGGUUUCUCAUGCACCUGCAUUCAGUUAUUUCACUGCAGCACUUAACUGCUGGUAUUGUUGUAAAUGUACCGAACUCAAAUCACAGCUCAUCCUUAAAUAAGCCGGGUAGGAGAUGGACAGACGUAAUGGGGAAUCAGCUUGUCUGAUUUCCUUGAUUCAUUCAAAAUAAAAGCGGAAUAGAAAUAACUGCCAGUUCUUAAUUCUAAUGCCUGUUUUAUUCCUUAAUUCCUGAGGAAUUAUAUAUUUGUAGAAACAACUAUAUUACCUCCUGUCUCCAAUCAUCUGUUAUACACUUUUGUAUCUAACUGUCCAUUUAUCAGUGCCCUUGAGCUUUGACCCUCCCCUGGUGAAGUCUUCCUUCAACAUAAAAUGUGCUCUGUCUGACCUGCCAUGACCUUGUCAGUUACAUGCACAUCUUUAAGCAUGAAGCUGGUCAGUGGUUUCCUGGAAUAUUAAAGCUACGGGUAGGCUAAAACCUUUCUUAGAGAGAUGUUCAGAUGGUUGGUAAUUGUUCUUUUGAAUGCGUUUGAUAAACUACAGUAUAUGUAUUUGAAAUUGGAUUGAUAAAUGGGGUCUAUUUGUACAGUGAAUGGUUAUAUUGAGCUGUGCAUUGUUAUAUUUAACAAAGGGGGACCAUUUUUUAUUUAUUUUCCAGCUUCCCUCCUGGUGGGUUUCAGGGGACUGAACUAGGUCCAUGUUUCCCUGCCCAGUCCUUCGGAACCCCCAGACAGUCCACAUUCCUGCUCCCUCCUAGGGAGCAAAAAUGUGGACUGUCUCCAGGGAGCUGGGAAGGAGCAAAAAUGAACUGUUUGGAGGUUCUCAAGGACUGUUAUGAAACACUGACAUUGGUUCACAUGUAUUGCCCAAUGUGGCAGAGCCGGAUAGGCCUCCCAAAUCAAGCAAUAUUUACUCGAAUAAAGUUGUUGACCGAAAAUUAACUCCAUUACUAAUUUUUCUUUUUCUGAACUGAUGAACUGACCUACUGCAUGGCACAAUUCCUCAGCCUUGUUUUUUAUUUUAAAUAUAUCUCAUAUAACCAAGCCCCUUUUCUCUGUUGGAUAACCCGCAACCCCUAGUUGUCAGCAAUUGGUGUGGACAGGCUGCUAUUUGACCUGUGGUUAUAUUUCUGUAACCGAGACAAAAGGCUGCAUACAGGUUUUGUAUUGUGGUUAAACGUGGUAGCACGGAAUUAAAAUGAUAAAGUUAAACAUCUAAAGUUUUUGAUGGGUUUGUUAUAUACCUACGUUCAAUGUUUAGUUUUCCUUUUGUAAUUUAGAAGUUUUCCAAGACCGCUUGAUUAUGAGACGAUUUUAGUUUGUCAUGUAUAAUUUAUUGGGCAAAAUAAUGUAAAGUGCGAUGGGGUCUAUUCAGACGAUUAUCUGUCACGCACCGUAAACUGGGGGAGAAGGCAUCGCCAAAGGGUGCAAAGUACGAAAUCAUUUAAACGCAUUCAUUUUGUAAAUCCAUACAAAUGAUCUAAGCAACAUAACUUUCGUCCACAAACCAUUUAUCCAGCACAGGGUUGCUAUGUGUGUUUAGAAGUUAACCAAUUUGUAGAAAUUUAAAGAUAUUUAGCAAGCAACACCUCGCAGAUGUUAAUGCAACAUAAAUAAAAUAAGUAGGCAAAUGGCGAAAGGCUUUAGUAUAGAUAAUUCCUCUUACGCUAUAACUUCCAAGUUUUUCAUAGAACCCAUAUAUUUCCAACAGUGGGUGCAAAUUAAUCGCCGGUGCCGACUCGCGGAGCGCGACUAGCGAUACGCACGCGCAUUGUACGCAGCGGUGAUUGGCCGGCGGGACACGUGGUUGUGUGUAUUCCUCAGCUACUGCCUUUAUGGUGGGAGGGGCGGUAUCCAUAGACUGCUUUUGCGUUUGGAUAAAUGCACCCAAACGCGGGGCUGUAGAUUCUAUUUUACGUUAGAGCAUCAUCGGGCUGAAAUUUAGAUCUAGGUCAACAAUCAUGCCCAAAACAGCAGACCACAGAACUCAUUUGGUUCUGGAGAAUUACAUAGGGGGCAAAUUUGUGCCGUUCUCCAGACAUAUAGAUUCAUAUGACCCAUCCACGGGGGAAGUGUAUUGCAAAGUGCCGGAUAGUGGCAAGGAUGAGGUGGAGCUGGCUGUCGCGGCUGCCAAGGAGGCCUUCCCAGCCUGGGCUGCAUGGAGCCCCUCGGACAGGGCACAGGUGCUCCACAAGCUGGCGGAUCUCAUCGAAGCCCACCUGGAGGAGUUUGCACAGGCUGAAUCCAGAGACCAAGGGAAGACAAUCACCUUCGCCCGCACCGUCGACAUCCCGAGGUCGGUGUACAACUUCCGCUUCUUUGCGACGUCCGUCCUUCACCACACCACUGAAUGUAGCCAGCAGGACCACCUCAGCUGCAUCACCUAUACCAUCCGCAGCCCUGUGGGCGUAGCUGGUCUCAUCAGUCCCUGGAACCUGCCACUCUACCUGCUCACUUGGAAGAUUGCCCCUGCCAUCGCCGCGGGCAACACCGUGGUGGCCAAACCCAGCGAGAUGACCUCCGUCACAGCCUGGAUGAUGUGUAAGCUCCUGGAAGAGGCUGGUGUGCCCCCCGGGGUGGUGAACAUCGUGUUUGGGACCGGCCCUGGGGCGGGGGAUGCUCUGGUAUCCCAUCCGGAGGUGCCCCUUAUCUCCUUCACUGGGAGCACGGCCACGGCCCAGAUCAUCACCGAGCGCAGCGCCCCCUUCUGUAAGAGGCUGUCCCUGGAGCUGGGCGGCAAAAACCCCGCCGUCAUCUUCCACGACGCCGACCUGGAGGAGUGCAUCCAGACAACAGUCCGGUCCAGCUUCUCCAACCAGGGGGAGAUCUGCCUCUGUACCAGCAGGAUCUUCGUGGAAAGGAGCCUCUACCCAGAGUUCUUGAAGCGGUUUGUGGCUGCCAUUCGACUGUGGAAGACGGGGGCGCCCUGUGACAGCGGCAACAACAAUGGAGCCCUGAUCAGCAGAGAGCAUUUAGAAAAGGUGAGGGGCUACGUGAAACUGGCUGUGUCGGAGGGAGCCCAGGUGCAUUGUGGGGAAGGCGUCGACACGCUGGAGCUGCCCGAUCGCCACAGGGGCGGCUACUUCAUGGCUCCGACGGUGCUCACCGGCGUGGAGGACGCCUCGCGCUGCAUGCAGGAGGAGAUCUUCGGCCCUGUGACCUGCGUCACGCCCUUCGACGGCGAGGAGGAGGUUAUCAGGCGCGCCAACAGCGUCCGUUACGGCCUGGCAGCUGUAGUGUGGUCACGUGACGUGUCCCGGGUGCAUCGGGUGACGCGCUGCCUUCAGGCCGGCCUGGUGUGGAGUAACUGCUGGCUUGUACGGGACCUCAACAUGCCUUUUGGAGGCAUGAAGUGUUCUGGCGUGGGCCGGGAGGGCGGACGCGACUCUUACCAUUUCUUCACCGAGGUGAAGACCAUCACGGUCAAGCACUGAGGGUGUGCUCCCUUCUGGAAGCCUCUAGAGCAGGGGUAGGUAACCCCGAUCCUGGAGUGCCAGUAUCCAGGUUUUCCAUCAUACCUGGUCUCUGAUGAACCAUGCCUGAUCUCAGGCAGAUAGAAACUGAUCAGGUAAAAUGGAAAACAUGCUGGAUUCCAGCACUCCAGGAUCAGGGUUGCCUAGCCCUGCUUUAGGGCUUCAAGGCUGAUAUAUACUUCUGCGUGGAGCCUAUGCCAUGACCUAUCCCAGUGGCCAACGCCUUUCCAAGCAUUUAUAGUUGUGCGCUGGUGUGUCUGUGUCUCUCAGCAAUUACACUGGCAGAAUGGUCGGUGAUGCAUAGUUUUGGAUCUUGCAUUUGUUUUCCCACCCUGUGAUUUAUUAAUUGGUCGAAUCAUGCGAUUGAAAGAGGAAAAAAAAAACAACCAUUUAACAGAGUAUCUAUUUAUCAAGUCCUGGUUACAUUUGCGCUGCUUCGAACUUACCAUAGACAAAUUUGUAAAUUUGGUCACUAAUGCAUUUUCCUGUCGAAAGUUAGUGUCUAUACUACUCUUUACUUUUGUUGGUCUUGUAAAGUACAAAGAAAAUAUUUAUCUUGAGUGUUUUGUAGACCGAUUGCUGCGAUGCCUAAGGUGUGUUACCUAAUGCUAGGUAUAAAUAGCCUUCCAGUUUGUCAGUGGUACAAGUGCACCUGGGUGUACGCUUUCUUUGCUCCUAAAUAAAAAAGCGGACCAAUCACAGUUCUUGGUGUGCAUCAGUGCACCGUGUGGUUACGUUUCUGGGAAGGUGUACAUCAGGCCUUGGUGUAGGGUCCAUGGCUAUGUCGUACUUACGGCAUUGAUUCGACGCAGGAAUAUAAAUCAGCCUUUAUGUCAGGCAAUUACAUCCAGCCUGAUGAGCGAGCGAAUGUAUGUGAGAUAACUUUAACCAUGUUUCUGAUUUGUUUUUCCUGUGGGCCGUGUCUGUUCAUAACUGUGUUACACUUUUCAGAGGCCCGCUAACCCCUAACAUCUCCUCACCAGCUCUCCGCUAACUUAGCGGAGCGUUAUUUGAGUUAGUAAGGGCCACAAAUCUGUUUCCAUACAGAGUUCUGUAGAGGUAAGAAUUUAAUGAUUAGAUGAAAAGGUCCUUCUCUUCCACACUUUACACUUUCUGUAAGUCCCUCCCCUUCUUGCUCAUCUGGAGGUCAAGUGUAACAAGUGGAACUGGUAGUUUGACUGAUGAAACUGACAAGAGUUAAAAAGUCAGGGUGCAAUGGUAAAUGGACUGCAUUUAUAUAGCGCUUUUCUACUCCUACGAGUACUCAAAGCGCUUUACAUUUAAUGCCUCACAUUCACCCAUCCACACAUCGGUGGCGGAGGCUGCCAUGCAAGGUGCCAACCUGCUCACCGGGAGCAACUUGGGGUUCAGUGUCUUGCUCAAGGACACUUUGAUGGGGUCAGGAGGAACCAGGGCUUGAACCUGCAACCCUCCAGUUGCCGAACGAGAGCACUACCUCCUGUGCCACCAUCUUCCCCAAAGAUUGAGCAACACAAUUGUGUGCAGCACAAUGAGAUUUGUGUUGCACAACCCCAAUAAGUAAAGCUGAAGCCAGUGGGUAGCUCCGUCUGAAAAGGAAGUACAGUAUUUUAGUAAAAUAUCAACCUCUUCAAAUAGGUUUGAAUGGCACACUUACUGGUUCUGCUGGAUACGUCCCGAGUAGUUUGUGUGGUGUCCACACUACAGGCAUCUAGAGGAUUUAUGCAUAGUGACAGCUGAAUUGCUGGUGAGGCUGAUGGACCACAUGUUUCGUCUUUCAUUUGAUAUUAUUUAAAUAUUUAAAAAGAAAUGGUCCAAUAAAAUCAAUUUUAAUUUUUCCAAGAGCGUUUUAAAUAAGCACAAAUCUUUUAUAGAAUCUGGUUGUACUUCUUUAAAAUACUCUUAAUGGUUGUUUUAAGAAAUUGGGUAAACCAUGAAUUUCUGAGUAUAAUUUUGAAGUGAUGUUAACGUUUUCAGUUCGAAAGCAAACUAUCAGCAGUUUUUCCAUCAUUUCCAUUUAUUUUGCAUACAUGGUCAAUGUAGAAAUUAUUUUGGACAACAUAGAGAUACAGAAGAUGCCAAUACAAGAUAACCCAGAACAUUCUGCUUUACUGAGUUAUUUGGGAUGCACUGACCACAGCACGCCUCUGACUGGCACAUGUUAUGUUGCUGCCUUGUGGAAAUACUUAUUAUUGCAAGAGGAUUCAGCAAAACAGCGCCCUCUGCUGCAGGGGCUUGGAACAGCUUCUUGCACAAUUUCCAGUCUUCAUCUCUAGUUUAAGCCGUUACUUUGCGGUUCUGCAGUUGGUCACUGGGCCCCGUUUCAUGCUGGACUGGAAGGUCUGACUCAUUAUCCAUCACCCUGUGGUUUCCAAGUAGUACGUACAAGAAUAGACUCUGCAUGUAUGCCAAAUAAAAACUGAACUUGACAA